UCACCACUAUACUGGUCAGGGGAAAACAGGUGACGGUGGGGGUGUACGGACAUGAGGAGGAGGUGCUAGAUAAACCCGUCAGUCCAGGGUACCUCCAGGAACUCAUCUUUAAGAUCUGUCUGCCAUACAACAUACAGGAAGCUGUGAUACAGCAGGAACUGAUCCUGGGAAUCGGCAAGUUGAUCGCCACCACGCCAGAUCUGUUUGACGGAAUUUUGAAAAUCAGAAUAGGUUGGUUUGUUCGUGCCAUGAGAUUUGAACUGGAUUUGGAUGAAGAAGGUCUUGAACUCCAUGACCUUUCUCCUAACGAUAUCAAGUGCAUGCUUAUCGCUGUCCUUGUGAGGAAUAUGGUAGACUCAGAUAUGAGAACACCCCUACAGAAGAGACAGCUGGACGGGGCCCUCAACAGGGUCCCUAAAGACUUCUACGACCGAGUGUGGUCCAUCUUAGAGAAAACGCCGUAUGGAAUCAAAGUGGCAGGUUAUCUCCUCCCACAGCAACCGACCCUGUCAGACAUGACGAUGUACGAGCUGAAUUUCUCCCUUCUGGUGGAGCAAAUGCUGAGUAAGAUAGUGGACCCCGCGUACAGACAAAUCAUGGUGGAGACAUUUAUGGUUGUGUCCACCAUGUUAGAGAGGAACCCAGAGGCCACCUUUGAUCAGGCGGUCAACAUGGACAAGAUCAUAGCGGAAGCUUUUGAGGAGUUUCAGCGAGACCUCAGUAAGUCGGAGGGUCACGAGAAACAGGACGACAUGACAAAGUUCUUCAACACACCCCCGAACGUCAGAAAUGGGACCUCGAGGUACCUCACCAAGUCCGUCAUUAAUAACCUUCUGGACGGGGAAAUGAAGUUUGUGUCAGACGAUAUGUGCAGCGUCACUUAAAUCUGUGUGUGUUGCUCGAGAUCUGAAAACUUAAGAUUUCACCACAAGACAAAUGUACUAUUGCUUUCACAUGGGCUUGUUUUAUAACCCUGCUGCUGACACAGAAAGUGAAGCUGUGUACAAAAUAUUGCAACAUUGUCCGUCAUGAACAAUCUUAUAGAUUAUAAGAUGUCACAUGAUGUGUAAUGUUUCCCAACAGCCUGUUUAUUUGUCUGAGAUCAGAGGAAGUUCCAUUACUACAAAUGUUUAGAUGCUGCCCAGCCAUUGUUGCUUUGAUUAUUGUUAACUUUGCUGGAAACUAUGGAUAUUUUCCACCAACUGCUUAGAUAUUCAGAGGAAUGUUUAAAGUCAAAUAAAUAAAAUCUUCAAGUGUGUACAUGUAUAAUGAGAACUUGUACAAUUGAUAUUCAGUUGCAUUCCUUAACAAGUGUAACAUUGUUCUGGAAGAAUUUGUGUAUACAAUGUACAUUACAAAUGAAUUUCCUUUUAAAACCAAAGCUUAAUGUGUGAUAUUCUUUAAAUAAAAUUGUUUUUCUCUGAA